AUGGCCGAAAAAUUGUCAAAAGCAGAUGCAGAAGCAUACAACAUGCGCGAAGACGUUGAGUCUUCAAACUUGAAAGACGAAGUCAUUGCCAACUCUCAUGCAUCCUCUUACAAUGGCAAGGGCACAGCAGAAGAGAAGAAGCUCGUUGCCAAGCAAGACCUUCGUCUUUUACCUCUAUGCAGCUUCAUGUACCUUCUUGCUUUUUUAGACCGGAGCAAUAUUGGCAACGCGAAAGUGUUGAAUGCAGAUACCCACGAUGAUCUUUUAUACGACACCAAGAUGACCAAUCUGGAAUAUAUAAUAGCAUUGAUGGUUUUCUUGAUCGCUUACACCAUCUUUGAGGUGCCCAGCAACUACCUCUUAAAGAGACUGAAACCCAGCACAUGGCUGGCUUUUUUAAUGAUGGCAUGGAGCGCUGCCACCAUGGGAUUGAGUGGCUCUCACAACUUUGCGACAGUGACCGCUCUACGCUUCUUGCUGGGGAUGUUUGAGGCCGGCUUAUUUCCCGGACUGAUCUACUACAUCACCUUUUGGUAUCGAACCGAUGAACGCUCAGUCAGAGUGGCUCUAAUUCUAGCUUCAGCGGCUUUGGCCGGUGCAUUCGGUGGAGCGCUCGCAUAUGGAAUAGGUCAUAUGAACCAGACAUCGGGUCUUUCGGGCUGGCGGUGGUUAUUCCUCCUCGAGGGCCUCUUCUCCCUCGUCUUCUCGGUCUUUGUGUACUUUGUGCUUCCAGACUACCCGGAGACGGCUAACUGGCUCACCCCAGAACAGAAAGCACUCGCAGCAGAUCGCUUGCAGGGAGCCGAGGGAUCUCAUGGAGAUGGCGGUCACUUGUCAUGGAAAGAGGUGAAAGCCACUCUCACAGAUUGGAGACUGUAUGCACACUAUGCGGUCUACUUCGGCAUAUCAACCCCCUAUUCAUCCCUCUCACUUUUUGCCCCAACCAUCACUGCCGGACUGSGAUACAGCGGACUCUCAGCUCAACUAUUCACCGUCCCACCAUACGCAGUAGCCUACGUCGUCACAGUCCUAGUCGCAUGGAGUGCCKACCACUUCAAUGCCCGUGGACUCCACAGCGCCAUCUUCUCUCUAAUAGGCGCAAUCGGUUUUCUAGCAUCGGCAGUCCUACCUCCAUCUUCUUAUUCGGCGAGAUAUGGAUGUCUGAUCGUAGCAACAUCAGGCGCAUUCGCAUGCAUUCCACCACUCUUGGGAUGGCUGAGCUCAAAUCUCCACGGCACAGAGGCGGUCGGACUGGUGAUUGCGUUGAACAUCUCGUUUGGUUCCCCGGGGCAGAUUGUGGGAGUUUGGGUCUAUAAAGCCGAUGAGAAAGAAAAGGGAUAUCCGACUGGUCACUGGACGAAUGCUGGGUUGCUGUUCUUUGUUGCUGUUGGAUCUGUUGCGCUUGUGUUUUAUUAUCGCGUGCUGAACAGGAGAAUACGAGCGAGUGGUGGAGGUAGACUGUUCAAGUAUUAG